AGGCCACCGGAAAGGCAGGGAGGCAAGCCUUUUCUGUUCCUUGCCGCAGCCAAAGGAAAGGAAACUUUCCACAGAAGCUUCCAUCGCAAUACAACGCACGCACACACACUGCAUCUUCUUCUCUCCUUAUAAAAACCGCCGUCCCUCCCAUUCGCUCUUGCCAUCCAUCCCCAUCCUUCCUUCCCUCCCUCCCUCCCCUGAGCUGGGCCGUGCUGUGAGGGUGGGGGGCAAGGCAAACCAUUCAAUCCAUCCCAGUCUCCUUCCCAUCCUCUGCUCAGGGCUCAGGCCGAGGUCCGUCUCCCCUGCCUCGCCUCCUACCAUGGCUGCCAGGUGGGCCCCGCCGGCCGGCCUCAUCCUGCUCCUGCUGCUGGCCGUCCUGCUGCCGGCGCGCGCGGACAGGCCGGCGAGGACCGGCCACGCGGACGACGACCCGGAGGCCUCCUCUGCCGUCUUCCAGCUCUACGGCAACGUCUACCCCCACGGGUUGUACUACGUGGCCAUGAGCAUUGGCAACCCGGCGAAACCAUACUUCCUUGACGUCGACACCGGCAGCGACCUCACCUGGCUGCAGUGCGACGCCCCCUGCGUCAGCUGCUCCAAGGUGCCACACCCGCUCUACAGACCAACAAAGAACAAGCUGGUACCGUGUGUUGAUCAGCUGUGCGCCUCUCUGCACGGCGGCCUCGGUAAAAACCUCAAGUGCGACUCACCGAAGCAGCAGUGCGACUAUGAAGUUAAGUAUGCCGACCAGGGUUCAUCCCUUGGCGUGCUCGUCAACGACAGUUUUGCAGUCCGCCUUGCGAAUGCCUCCAUUGUCCGCCCCAGUCUUGCAUUCGGGUGUGGGUAUGACCAGGAGGUCGGGAGCAGCACUGAGGUUGCACCCACUGAUGGUGUGCUUGGACUUGGGAGUGGAUCGAUCAGCCUGCUUUCACAGCUCAAGCAGCAUGGGAUCACCAAGAACGUGGUUGGCCACUGCCUCAGCAUGAGAGGAGGGGGAUUCCUCUUCUUUGGGGAUAAUCUCGUGCCUUAUUCACGUGCAACAUGGGUACCAAUGGCUAGGAGUGCAUUCAGGAAUUAUUACUCACCUGGCUCAGCAAGCCUGUAUUUUGGUGGCUGGUCACUUGGCGUGAAACCAAUGGAAGUAGUAUUGGACAGCGGAAGCUCGUUCACCUACUUUUCUUCACAGCCAUAUCAAGCACUUGUCACUGCACUUAAGGGUGAUCUAAGCAAGACGCUGAAAGAGGUGUCUGACCCCUCUCUGCCUCUAUGCUGGAAAGGAAAGAAACCAUUCAAAUCCGUGCUUGAUGUCAAGAAGGAGUUCAAAUCAUUGGUUCUGAACUUUGCCAAUGGCAAGAAGGCGCUCAUGGAGAUCCCUCCUGAGAACUACCUCAUCGUCACUAAAUACGGGAAUGCAUGUUUGGGCAUCCUUAACGGAUCAGAAAUUGGACUCAAGGAUCUGAACAUUGUUGGAGAUAUUACAAUGCAGGAUCAGAUGGUGAUAUAUGACAAUGAGAGAGGGCAGAUUGGAUGGAUCCGAGCACCCUGUGAUAGAAUCCCCAAGUAUUUCUGAAUUGGCUUUCGGAACUUGAUGAACUGAAACUUGAGCAACCAACUGAACCUACCCUUGUGCCCAAAUGUGAAACUUCAGUGUAACCAACUGAAGAACUGUGUUGCUGCCAUGACUUAUCACCUGAUGUUGGGUGGAGCCAAGGGAAGAUUGAUAUCAUGGUUUAGAUCUUGCAGUAGUCAUUCUUUAGUUGUAAGGAUGUCUGUAAGGUGAUGCUGUUAGUCCCAGGUAUGUAGGAAUGCCAGUCAGUUUAUUUCAGUAUAAUAUGUACAGUAGAGUUGUUCUUUGUGUAGUAGUCUUUGGCGAUGGCAGCCGUUGAACUGUGGUUUCCCCCAAAAACGCUUGGUUUAUACGUACUUUUUGAUAUGAUAGUAUAAAAUCUGUGGAGUUUUCUUUA